CCCUGCUGCUCUGUUUAAAUGCCAGAGUCCCACUGUCAAAACAGAGAGAGGGGCGCAACAAUAUGAUGGACCUUUUUGAGACCAAUCCUUAUCUUUUCAAUGAUUUGCGCUAUUUGGAAGAAGGGGAUCAUGGACCACUACAGCACUUGGACAUGGCGGGGGUGUCUCCUCUAUACAACGGCAAUGACAGCCCGCUGUCCCCGGGCCAGGAUAAUGUUCCGUCCGAGACAGGGGGGGAGAGCAGCGGAGAGGAACACGUCCUUGCGCCUCCGGGUCUCCGGGCGCACUGCGACGGCCAGUGCCUCAUGUGGGCCUGCAAGAUCUGCAAGAGAAAGUCAGCGCCCACGGACAGACGCAAGGCGGCCACGCUCAGGGAGAGGAGGAGGCUCAAGAAGAUCAACGAGGCCUUCGACGUGCUGAAGAGGAAGACCGUGGCCAACCCAAACCAGAGGCUACCCAAGGUGGAGAUUUUACGCAGCGCGAUCAGCUACAUUGAGCGGUUGCAGGACCUGCUGCAGACGCUGGACGAGCAGGAGAAAACGCAAAACGGAUCAUCCCACAGCUUCAAAGAACACAGUGUGACCAGUCAACCGUACCACUGGAAAAAGUCCUCGGAGACCUGGCCGACCUCUGCUGACCAUUCCACUGCAGCAAUGAUGAACCAGAGAGAAGGAACCAGUGAGUCUUCCGCGUCCUCCAGCCUCCUGCGUCUGUCAUCCAUCGUGAACAGCAUCACCAACGACGAGAAAGUCAACUUCAGCGAGGAAGUCUCUGAAAACUGAAACAUCAGUGAAGACCUUGACAAGACAACAAUUUUUAAAUUUGUUUUAUCUCUAAAUUAUUUCCACUCCACCAGUCAGCCAUUCUGGCUUCUGUUUGUUUAUGUAGCCUUCAUUUGUACAGCAGGAGCAACAAAUUUGUACAUAUUUUAUAAUAACGUGAUGUUUAGAUUUAUUUAUUUUAUAUUGAGAAGCACACAAACUCUUUAAGAAAGCUGAUGUUGUAUUUAAAUAUUUGUACAUAACUGACCAAGGAAAUAAAUUGCUACUUUUGCAAAACUCUAAA